AUGAGUACUCGCCUUACUGUCACUGCAUGCCUGAAAUAUUGUUUCUGUUUUCACUGCGUCCAGGAAGAAUGCAGCCCUGUAGUGCUUUUCCUCAGCAAAAGCUGUUUCAUGCAAGAUUUCGUGUGGAUAAUAAGCCCCCACAUGCACAGACCCACCAACAUUUUAACCCAAGCAAGAUUCAGGAGGAUCAAAAGCGAAUUGGCCAAAUUGAAAGAGAUAAUAAGAAGCUCUUGGAGAGGCUAGCUGAGAUACACCGAGGGACAGGGAAAGUGGACUGCUGGAACGAGCGCUUUCGGAGGAGUUCAAAUAGAGACAAGCAGAACCGGGAAAUAGUGAAGAUCACUGUGGAAAACCAAGGUGUUCUGAAGAGGCUUGUUGACCGUAAGCCUACUUAUGAUCAUAAGAAGUCUGAGACCGGUUGGCAGAACACUGGGCACUUCAUACGGAAUACGACACGAUACCUUAUCACCUCGCAAGAGAACUAGGUAUGCUGUUUUACCUCAGAAGGUUUAAUUUUAUAAAGCAAUGCACAUGUCACAUGAGAAGCUGUUUGAGAUAUCAGGGAUCUAAUCUGUGUGCAUUUCAUGAUCAUAUGAAAAGUGAUAUAUUUUAUAGGAAGUUGUCAUCUUAAUUCUAUUGCAAAUUUGGCUGGAGAAAAUGAUUCUUCAAAACCACCUGAAUGUACGUUUGGUCUCAUUGACUGAAAUGUUCCUUGGCUGUACUGUACACACCUUAAGUUUCAAAAGGGAAGCAGUUUCAGAUAUGGUCAGUAUACGGACAGAAGACUGCCUGAAAAUUUCAGGCAGUGCAGACAUUAACCAAGGUUCAUCCUCUGAUACUAUCAAUCACAGAAAGAAAUAUGAAAGACUACAUUAAUUUGUAAGUGUGAGCAAGGGAGGGAGAGGGAUAAGGGAGAGGAGGUUUGGUUUGCUAUGACUUGGGACUACUCACAAAGCAGGGCUUUGAAUUAAGAGUACAUUUGCAUUCUGUUUUUCUUUAUAAUCUCUUCUCACCUUUUUUUGCUCUAAUUGCAGGAGAAUAUACCAGGCACGACUAACAGCAGGGACUCAAAAUCUUGUCAGAAUCAGUCUUGUUCUGAUAACGUUAGCUAUCUGCUGCAUACUCUUUUGCUAGGAUUUUAGAAUAAAUAGGAGCAUUCAAUGUGUUUUUUUCUUCCCCUGCAAGUAAUGCUCAUCUUAGCUACCCUCAAACUUUAACAUAUAUAUACCUAUCCUCUCACCAUUCUUUACCUUGAACCUAGAAAAAACCCUGCAUCUAGAAACCAAACGUUUCUGACAGUGCCACAACUUAACACCAAGGUGAAUGUUCAUUCAUCUAGAAUUUGCUACCUGCACACAGUUUAGAAGAUUAUUUAACCAAUACUAUUCCAGUUCAGUUUUAACAGCAAUAUUACAUGUUAACAUCUUAAGUUUUCAGUUACUGUAACUUCAAUUAUACCUGUGUAUUUCAUUUGCCUUGCUUCUCUUAAUAGUUCCCCAUUAGACUAUGUUAGAUCAUAAAGCUCGCAAACUAUUUAUUUAUUGCUAGUCCUUUGGAAUUUUUUAAGUGGUUGGAUAGUAAUCUUUGAGUGAAUUCUGACCCUUAAAUAAUUUUAUCUAUAUCCCCUACAAAUGCUUAUGUCUUGCAGACUAAAAAAGCUGUUUGUAAUGUGUAAUAGAUAUCUAUGGCAACAUCAGUCAAUUUAUACAAAGGCAUCUCUGCCUAUUUGAUAUUUUCGUAAGGCUACUUCAUUUGAAACGUUCAUUUGAAAUAGUUUUUAAAGUAUUACUCUCUAUUGUUCAUAGGAUAAAGGUACAUCUGUCACAAAAUUCAUUUGGCCAGUGAGUUUCUUUUGUUAGCCACUUACCCUUGAUGGCUGUGCUGGGCCAAGACAGGAGCGAUGUGACAACAGAGCUGAUGGGCAAUCAGCAUAUGAAGGAGUCCUUGUACACUUGCUGAGAGGCCACUGGUCUUGUGGUGUAUCUGCUCUGAAAAGCCAGAGCAGCUAUCUGCUUGUGAAUGGUGCUAUUCUUGCAUGAAUGGGAACCUGAACACCGAUAGUCAGGAAGACACAUGAAAGUUGCCAGGGUAGAGCUUUUUGGUGAAGACAGAUAUGGGCGACUGUCCUACACAACUUUUGGGGCUGAGAAGACUUAGCGUAGAGUCAGUGACACUGGCAUAUAAGAAACGUGCUUUUUAAUAUGAAGUGUUCUUAGUUUUAGUGAAUGUGCUGGAACAAGAAUUAUAUGAUAGUGUUAAAAUGCAAAGAAUGGGAUUGGUGCAUUAGAAGAUGUUAUUAAAGGGCAGAGCAAGUAUGAAAGAUUACAAUUCAGUAGGCAAAGGAAAACAGCAACUGAUUUUAUCUAAUGUAGACCUGCACAAUACUCAUAAAUCUAUCAAACAAUGACUUUUAAAGCAUAGGCGCUUUCAGAACUGUAUCUCUGCAUUUUCUUAUUUAUACCUGCCUAAAAAUCCUGCAUAUUCAAGUCUUCUGAAAUAUCUGCAAAAUCCUGUAACUGUUAAGAUUUCCUCUUCAGGACUUGAUGUGGCCUACUACAUACUCUGGAACCCUUCACCAGAGUUGAAACAAAGGCAUCUGUAACUGCUGUAAGGAUGAAGAUUUGGUGCUGUAGCUCAGAUACAUAGUAUCCUCAUUUUAGUGCCCUCUUUGGAGCUGCUAUGUUGGUGUCCGUCUAGUAUCCCAUCAGGUGGCAUUUCUAACGGUGCCUUGCGGAUAAGAAGCUUCUUGAAGGCCUGUCUCAAGUCACAUAGAGUAAUUUUCACGUAGGCAAAAGAACAUCUCCAGUUUAUUAUGAGAUGGAUAGUCACACAGGUGUGUUCACAGGUUGCUUAAUGUUUGGCCUGUGUCAGCAGGAAGAGACUGGGAAAGUGGGCAUAAGCUAUGGAUGAGCAGACUACCCGUGCAAGACAACCAGAAGCCCUGGGAAAUGUGGGAUGGGCAUUGAGAACCCCCCCUCUUUCAGCUGCUAAAAUAUAUACAACUUACAUAGCUGACCUAGUUUGGUUCCUAAUUGGAAAGGAUUUGCAACUAAUGAUUCUGAGAAGGGAAACAUGUCUUGCUGACCUUUCAGCCAGCUGAAUUUCUAAGCAGCUGAAAUGGUGUAAGCACUCUCCAAAGGAUAUCCCUCCCACCUAGUUUAAGUAGCUUGUUCUGUAGGUAGACUGAUCCCUGAAAAGUACCUAGUUUGGGAUGCCUUAACUCUAGCCACACAGUACUAUUUGGCCAGAGGCUGAGAAUUCCAGAUUGUUAGGGUCCAGGCACUGCUUAAAUGCUUUGAAAGUGUGGGACCCUCUGUGAAGUUUUACCUUACAAAAUGCAUCACUUACAGUCUAAAAGUCACUCCAAAUCUUUUACUAAUCUGUUUAGACUGAGUGUUCAGUUUUGAAUGACAGCUACCACAAAAAAUUCUGAUUCAGGAAGGCAGUGUCUGCUUCUGACUUACUUUGUUUAGUUCUUCUAAUACAGUUUCUAUAUGUUAUUUUCUAGUUAGAAUGGCAGCUUUGAAGUGAAUGACGUUUCCCUUUUAUAAUUCACAUAUUUACAAGACACUUAUUCAGUCCGUCCUUUAAGCAGACGGUAACUGGCUAUGACCUAACCCAGUUGACUGGCACCCAAAAUGAAUCCUUGUUUAGUGUCUCUAGCACAGUUUUCAGCUGAUUACAUGCACUCUGGAGAUCUUCUUUCACCAGUAUAGUGUCAAUUAAAUGGCCAUACUGCUCUUCAAUGAAUGCUGCUGAAUUAAUAAUUUCCUGCUGUUCUUCAUCCUGCUGAUCAACACAUGAGAAGAUGAUACUAAAUUUGCAGUACAGCUUUUUAAUUACUUACUAGUAUUUUUGAGUACUAUGCUAGCAUCCUAAAUCAUUACUUUGAAAAGAAAUGAAACAAAAGCUGCUACCACUGGGAAAGGGUAGUUAAGAUCUUACAAUUGAGAUUAAUCAGCUGUAUGCUACAGUGCGAAAUUGGUAGGUUGUUUCAAGAACAGAAGAGCAGUUAGGGAGGUGGAGAAAACAUUCCAAAAGGGAAGUAAGAUUAUGACACUGCAUUUUAUGAAGUCAGAUGUUGCCUAACAUAACAUCUGGAAAUCAUACUUUUCAAAAUAUAGAAAAGUAACAUUGGACACAGUGUCCCCAAGUUCAGUAAUGUUUAAGGGCUUAAGUGAAAACUUAUCAGGAGAACAAAGUUCUGUAUGUAUAAAUUCAAAGUUUUAGGUUACCCAAAAUAAGGGCAUUAUGCACUGUCAGUAUUUCAGUUUACAUCUACACAUCACCAAUUUCCAGCUGGCUUAGGUCUGUAGGAUGUGCACAUGCUGGUUUUGUGUGUUAUCUAUUGCAUCACUGCCUAACAGGCUGGAUGGGUGUCACUAUGCAGGUAUCAGGAACAGGUGGCUGCCUUGGCUGUUUGAUAUGGCUGCUUAUUGACAAAAUAAAAUGAUUAUUACUUUAUCUGAGUUCAGUAGCAGCUUCCUCUGCUCUGCCCUUGAGUGAUGCACACAGCUCUACAGGGAAGAUGUGCACUCUGCCUCAUGUUACUUACGUAGCUAACUUUAAGGGGAGUCAAAAAAUCUCAUUCUGAAGUUCCGACUGAAAGGCUGGAGGUCCACCCUGACUCCCUCACUGUCACGUAAGACUAGCUCUUCCGCGACAGCAAUACUAUCCCAAGUACUUCUUUCAUGUCUGAAAAGUAGAGAUUAAGGUUAUGAUACUUACAAGGGGGGUUGAGAGUUCUUCUGACACAGGAGAUUUUAGAGCAUGCUUUUUCUUCUCUGGAAUGAGAGGCUUCACAAAGAUAACAUAAGGCUUAAACUCAGGAGUCCUCAGGUGCUUCACUGCCUGCGAACAGAUGGUUUUUGUCAUGCCCUGUCUUUUAGAUCACUGCAUGGAAUGUCAGUGAUCUGCACAAGCUGGGUUCAACAGUUUCACCUGUGCACACUCCAGCGUGAAGUCCUGUGUACGAUACAAUACAUCUGAGCACAGUAACCUUUUGCUCUUCAAAAGAAAGAUUAGUGUCAGUUUCCCAGCUACCUUACAAGAGUAUGUGAGCUUCCUGGAGGCAAGGUCUAACUGCAACACACCUUGCUUUGCAUUGCGAUCCCAGGAUUGGGGACAUGGCAAAGAGACAGAAAAGGAUAAAAAUGUGGCUUCCUAGGCAAGUUACUGUUUGCUCCUCAUAAGAGGCCAAACACAGGAAAAUGCAAACCUGGAAUUCAUUUUAAGCAAUGUUAAACGUCCUUAUGUAUCCCAUUCACCGUAUCCAAGUCAAGAUUUCAAGAUUAAUUCCUAGUAUGGAGGAGAUGAGAGCAGGCAUACCGGCACCAGUUACAACUCUAAUAACGAUUUUGAAGCAACAAAAAGGAAAAAGAAUGGAAGUCCCAUCCGUACCGUAAACAUUCCCUCUGUGCCUUCAGCAGGCGAGGAUGGUUAUGCACAUUUCCCCUAGAGCAACAGAUAACCCCCUCAGUGAGAACUGAUAACGUCUCUUCUCAGGCAUCUAAGAAUUCUACACGCUGCAUUGCUUUUUGAAGAGUCCUACUCUGUUUAGUCUGCAAUGAGGCCACCUGUUAGGAACACACAUUCUGACAGCAUUGUUGCUCUUGGCAGAGUAAGUACCCACAAAUGGUGGGCACAUUAGUUAGCCUAGGCUGAGAGCCCCAUAAGAAAUAUUUGUUUUCCUUAAAAUAAUCUACCAAACAUUAGAACUUACUUCAGGUACCACAUCCACCAAACAAACCUUCUUUUUGGCCAUCACGGACCGGAUUGCCUCCAGACUUGUGCCGUACAGAUUUUCUUUGUAUUCUCCAUGUUCCACAAAUCUAAAAAGUUAAUACAUUUUUAAAUGCUGUCCACAAAGAAAAAUCGAACUUGCAACACUUGACAGCUACUUCCCCAAACCACAGUAUUCUAAUACCGGGGGCGGGGGGAGUAAAAAAAAAAAAAAAAAAGUAAGGAAAGUAGGUUUUUUUUUUUCUUUCUGGUUCCUUAAUAACAACAGUCAUCUUCACAUUAUCACUAACAGGUAAUGAGUGCUAUUGACAAACAGGGGAAGAAGCUGCAUUAAUUCAGUUGACUGAUGUCCAAACCUAAUAGAAGAAAGAGGAUGUUUUUCACAGAGAGUAGAACAAAGCUAGUAAGGACUUUGAUUCUUUUAGAUUCUGGGAGACUUGAUUCAAUUGAAAAAAUCCAUACUUUUAGAAAACACACUAGAUUUUACAGAAAUUCUUUUAUAUCCCUGGAUUCACUCUACAGGACACUUUAAAUUGGACUUAUGAAUAAAACUUGUUAAUAUUUCCCAUAAUAUUAGACUGAGAAUAAGCAGGCCCAAAUAAAUAUCUCUUACUUUUGCUAGACUCAAUUCUGACAAAUCAUACUAGUUAUGACAUGCAGGGUUGAAUUCCAACUUUUCUUCCUCCUAUCGGUCCUAUGUGGUUUCUAAAUUGCUCCUUACUAAAAUUCUGGGUUUGCACUAACAGUCCAGGCUGAAUAAAGAGGUUUAAUUAGGAAAACUGAAUCCUUCUCAUAUGGCUUGUCCAACUUUAUGUUUGAUUUUGGUAUCCACAUGAUGUAAAAUUUAACAAGCAAUAUUUUUGAAAUAGUCAAUUAUAGAGUAUUUUAGAAUUAACUCACUUGUUUUGUUGGACAUCUGUCUCAAAUGAUUGCUUAGACACAAAAUUGUAUUCUACUCCCUCCUUCUCAUGACUUUUCUUUGACCUGGUUGUAUCUAGAAGAGAUUAGAAGCAAGACAUGGGAGACAAAUCAGCCUUUGCAAACAACUAUAUUUUCCCUGUUUAAAUCCAGUCACAUUUUCAUGUCCCCAAACAAGGUAAUCAUACAGUGGUAAAUUCAAACCAAUAUAAAAUAUAAAUGAAACUCUCUCAUUCUUUUAAACUCAAUCUUUAAAAUUCAAGACCAAAACAGAAGCAUUUGCUCCCUAGGGUGCAAUAACACAAAAAUUUGGACAUGUAUUUCUCAAACUGGCAGAAGUGGUUGAAUAAAUUCUACAGUAAAUAAUCUCUCUUCUGAAAACAAGCUAUAAAUAUUUCUGUUAUUUAACUAUUUGGAAUGAGAAGAAGCAAUGGGGGCAGAGGGGAGAGCACACAAAAUUGCAUUCUCCUCAUUGAAGCUUCAUUCAUUCCCUGCUAAUGUGGGAGAACAGCUUGAUUUGUUGCCAAAAGGCUUGGAGCGCUUCUUUUACCCUCAAUAAUAUUCCCACAUUCCUGAGAAACUUACAUAAUUAUAACACCAUUUACCUUUGAUGUUGUGAUUCCUUUUAGUAUUUGUGGUCACUGUAACCGAGACUUUGGUGAUCAUUAUACAAAUCUAUGCUUGCCCAUAAAAAUGAUGUCUGCUCUUUUUUUGUGUGCAUGUUUAAAUUCAACUGAAAAUUAUCUUUAUCAGUUCUACUGCCAACAGACCAAACAUCUACCUAGCAGCCUUUUCCUGGAAGUGCUAAAUAACACAUCAACAAUGCCCUCAGUGUUAAUUUUUUGGAUUGCAAAAGUGGCUUGUUGGGGGAUACAAAUACCAAUGGAUUUUUAUGUCUUUAAUCAUUUUUUAGAAAAUAACCCAGAAAAAAAUUCAGUAAUUAUGACACUAGUUACAAACCCACACAACAGAACCAUUAAUUCCUGCAUCAAUGUGACUUGCAGGUAAGAACAUAAUAGAUAUGCUAAUCAACAAUUCAAAAUCUUGUAAAAAUUUUGUUUUGGUUUAUGGCUGUCUAGAUUUUUUUUUUUUACUUUAAUUGGUAGGAUAUUCUGAAGAAAAAUCAUUCCUUUUUAAAUAAAUAUAAUGAAGACUGUAUUGUUCUGGCUAAAUCUUGAGAUAUUUCUUUUUCACACUGGGUUCUUUUUGCAACUUACAGUCUAAUUUUUUUUUCUGUAUUCAGUUUCUCUUUUUUUUAAUGGACAUUGAGAAAAUGCAAUCUGUUCACUUUGGAAAAUGUAAUGCAAAAAAUCAAUUAUGUUAAUAAAAUUCUGGGUGCAUGCA